AUGAACCCUCUUCAGAAGAACAAGGUCGACGUCUCGUCCCUUUCCCCUGAGGAACAGCGUCUCUUCCGCCUUUACGGCAAGCUCCCCUCUCGCUCCGACCAUUUCGCCAAGCACUUGAAGGACCGCAAGUACUUCGAUUCUGGCGACUACGCCAUGUCAAAGGCGGGCAAGGGUGACAGCGUCGAUACUGGCGCUGUCGGAUCCCAGCACCCCGUUCCCGAGAACAUCCCCCAUCUCUCGAGCCCCGUCAACAACUCCUCAUCCUCCCUUAACGGCAACAAGCACCACGGCAGCAUCGCCGCCGGUGCCCACGCCGGCAGCCCUGUCAAGGAGGCGAGCUUCCUCAACAGAGAGACCAGCGCUGAAGAGGCCGAGCUUAAGGACCAGGAAAACACCUCUCCAGUCGACGGAGCCGCAAAGACCGAGGCUAUCCCUAUCCGGAGAUGA